AUUGUUAUCGACACAAAGUGCAAGAACUAAUUAUCUCACCGAGAUUAACAUUAACAUUACCAUUACCAUGUUGGUCUGAAUUCAAAUUAUUUCAUAUUGCUACGCUCCAUAAAACACCAUCUUUCAUGUACUAUACCGAUUCAUAUCUGGUGAAGAUAUAAUGCCUCUUCAAAAGUCCUUCUCUGAUACCAAUCCUUCAGGAAAAGAGAAUAAUGUAUGUAUAUCAAUUCGAUGCGCCUACUCAUGUAACUCAGCGUACAAGCAAAUGUCCAUUUCAUAAACUAUUAGAAGCUAAUCGAACACAGUCCCGGCCACAAUGGCAGAAAAAUAAAAAUUAUCAAAACCAACAGCAAAAGCCCAAAGUCCCCGCAAAACCAUUAGCAGAGAAACCACCCAUUCCUGUCUCAACCACUACGAAGAAUAUACUCAACAAUUUUCAAUACCGAGAGCAAACCGGGAAAAAGGAUGAUGCGAAAGAAGUUGUAAAUUUGGUGUCUUCGGAGACAGAUAGCAAAACCGCCACACCAUCAAAGAGGAGGCGACAAAGCUCAUCAAAAGAUGGGAAGACUUCUGUAGAGGAAGAUGUCUCCCUCGAGGAGCCUGCGCCUGCAGAUGCUCCGUCUACUCCAUCAAUGGGGUUUGAUCCCACACAAAACACCGAUUUCAAGAGACCAUUCAAAGCAAUAUCACCUGACGAUCGUAUAAUUUGGGAUACAAACAAAGAUAGUCAACAGUUACCUGACCCACGAACUAGCAAUUUAGGAAAGAGGAAGAGAGGCCAUGUCGAGUUUUCUAGAGCACAGAGUUCUUCACCUAUAUUGGGUCGCUCUUCGCAAGCAGAUUCACGACCACGACCGGGGCCUGAGGUUGAGAUGUGGUUGAGAGUACCUCAGGACCAUAAACUCUCGAGGAUUAUGGACAAUGCAUCUCCGCAAUCAUUGAAAGAUGGUAAUGCACUUAGAGGAUUGACUCGAUCAAGGAGUCUUGGUAAUCCAUUAAAUCCAAAGAGACAUCAACCGAAGAGGAUAGGAAAAAAUAGAGAUAUUGAUACCCCGGGUUUGAUGAGGCGACUGCAGGAAGAUUAUAAGCCAAAGGAAAUUUCUAGUGGUCCUUCGAGCUCAUCACCCCUUCCUGACAAAGGACUAUUUCAUGAAGGAUUGAGCUCUCCACUAGGGCAAAAGAGAACUAAAAGCAGGACAUCGCCUCUGAAAAGGAGACUUGAACCGCCGUCAUCACCAAUCAGGAAUGCCGAGUCCGUUGCUUCUCUGCUGAGCCCAAAAAGACCUUCCACUUCCGAGUCAGAUUAUGGUUCUGAUGAUGGUCUUGAUGAAAUUGGUGGGAUGAUUCUUUCGGCUAUCGAGUCACAGAGUCAAGCUCCUCCUGCUUCGAAGUCACGACCCCUACCUCCACCCAAAAAAUAUCAAUCGCCGACUAAGCCAAAAACUUACUCUACACAUAAACCUCUGAACGUCUCGAGAAUCCCCACCAGUUUGAAAGCAGUUGAUGACGACGAUAGUGAUGAAUUUGGUGAGGGUUUGGAUGAUGAUGAUUUUGAUGCUGCUUUUGCUGGAUCAGUUCCAGUAGAUAAUGUAGAGCUUCCACCAUCAAGGCCUAGAGGUGCAGCAGCUAAGGAAGAGCCCGAUGAUGAAUAUGGUGACGAUAUAGACGAUUCAGAUUUUACUGCUGCGGAGAUAGCAGCAACUCAGUCACUUAAACCAUCAGCACAUAGCCUAAUGCCUGUACGUCCGAGAAAUCCGUAGCAAUAUAUUAUUUAUUCAAUGCUAAGAAAUGUCUAGUCGAUGGAAAAAGUUCGCGCAAUUCAAAGAUAUCUUGUCACUAUGAUGGACGAUAAUCAAUAUGAAGGUGUUAAUGGUAGAAUGCAACCAGAAAAGGUAAAAAUUUUGAUCUAUUGCCUUGAUUUAACUAACCAGCUCAAGAUACUUUUUCUCCAACCAGAGCGUUCCAAAGUUAAAAGAAUGGUUCACCUCCGAGGAACGUGGAUUGAUACUCCUGUGACUAUGAAAGCAUUUGUCCAUAUCAUUGGCAAAUUCGACUCGCAGGGAAUCUGCAUCAUAGAUGAUAACUCUGGUUUGAUCAUUCUUCACCCGGAUCAUCUCAUCUCUGCGCUUGUUGUAGCAGAUUCUUUUGGAUGUACUCGUCGUGCUGUUCUUCAAGAUAGAGUCAAAGCUACUGGUGAAGCAUCUCCAGCGAUGCUCUAUGGAACAAUUCUUCAUGAGAUUUUCCAGGCUGCAAUGCUUGCUAAUCGAUGGGACACAAUGUUUUUAGGUGAGCUCAUUGACAAGCUUGCUCAGAGACAUCUUGAAGAUUUGUAUGUGAUCAAGGUUGAGAUACCCCAGGCUGUAGAAUAUUUACAUAGUAAGAUGGGAGAGUUGCAAGCAUGGGCAGAAUUGUUUGUGUCAUCUCAACCGAAAGUAAGUAAAUCAGGCCAUUUUUUACUCUAUAUGCUAAUUCCUUAGCCUGGAGCUCUAGUAAAAGCUAGCAGUGGUGAUAGCGUGGCUAUGUGUGUGAGCAACCUUCUCGAUGUUGAAGAGCACGUCUGGUCUCCAAUGUAUGGUUUGAAGGGCAAUAUCGAUGCUACAGUACAGAUUACCAUCAGAGAUGAGAAAGAGCAAAGAACCCUUACUGCACCUCUUGAGGUCAAAACUGGCAAGAAUCCUAGUGUAGCCAACCGGGCGCAAACUGCACUUUACAAUCUCCUCAUAUCUGACCGAUAUGAUGUUGAAAUUGCUUAUGGUAUCUUGUACUACAUGGAAACUUCUGAGACCAUUAGAAUUCCAGCUAUUCGUCACGAACUUCGCCAUAUGAUCAUGCAGAGGAAUGAGCUUGCUUGUUUUGUCCGAGAGAAAAAUUCCCAACUUCCUCCUAUGCUUAAGAAAGAGAAUAUGUGUGGAAGGUGUUAUGCCAAGAACACAUGCUUCAUUUAUCACAAGCUGGCGGAUGAUGGAAAUGGUGAGACAAGUGGUAUGAAGGAAAAGUUUGAUGAAGUGGUCAAACAUCUUACUCCAAGGCAUAAAGAGUUCUUCCUCAAAUGGGAUGAUCUUCUUACGAAGGAAGAGAAGGAUUCCUUAAAAUUUCGUCGGGAGUUAUGGACUAUGCUCAGCUCAGAACGUGAGAAGCUUGGUCGAUGUUUUUCUAAUGUUGUCAUUGAAGAAGGAUCAGCAUAUGAAGACCUUAACAACGAGAAGAUUAAUCGAUAUCGAUACACUAUGAUCAAACCAAAAACUUCAACAGCAUCAGGAUUCUCCUUCAUGGAUUCGCAAAUAAUCGUAGGAGAACCAAUCGUCAUAUCAGAUGAAAAAGGUCAUUUUGCUCUGGCCAAAGGUUAUGUUACCAACGUACGGAAAAACAGAAUCACAGUCGCAGUUGAUCGUCGUUUACAUAAUGCUCGCAUCAGACAGCCUGGAUUUGACGAGACUAAUAACCAGGUUUUCGCUAGUAUCAUGGAAGUGGCAGCUGAAGGCUCUACACCAGCAGAUUCCAUUGGUAAAAUUAAGGAGGAGCCAAUUCUUUACAGACUCGAUAAGGAUGAAUUCAGUAAUGGUCUUGCUACAGUUCGGAAUAACCUCAUUCAAAUAAUGACAGAGGGACCCUUUGGAUCACGCGAAAUUCGGGGUCUAGUCGUUGAUCUUAAUGCUCCUCGUUUCAAACCACAUUCAACACAAUACACACUUAAAGAUCGCUCGAGUAUAAAUGUGGAUCAACGUCGUGCUAUUGAAAAAGUCAUGUCGGCACAAGAUUAUGCGCUUGUACUUGGUAUGCCUGGUACUGGGAAGACCACAACUAUUGCUCAUAUUAUUCGAGCUCUUGUUUCACAAGGAAAAUCGGUUCUUUUGACUUCCUAUACUCAUACAGCUGUGGAUAAUAUUCUUCUCAAACUUCGUGAUGACUCGAUUCCUAUUUUACGUCUAGGAACUAAAGCGAAAAUCCACCCUGAUGUUCAAGAAUUCGCCAAACUUGCCGUUGAUCCUAAAGAAACUAUGGAAGAGAUCCGAAGUGUGUGGCAUGAUACACCAAUUAUUGCAACCAGUUGUCUCGGCAUCAAUCAUCCUAUUUUCAACGAACGAACAUUUGACUACUGUAUUGUAGACGAGGCUUCUCAAAUUACACUUCCCGUUUGUGUUGGUCCUAUUCGUUUCGCACGUACAUUCAUCCUUGUUGGAGAUCACAACCAACUUCCACCAUUAGUCAAAGAUGAAGAGGCUAGAAAAGGUGGUUUAGAUAUUUCUCUCUUUAAAUAUCUCUCCGAUGCUCACCCUCAAAGCGUUGUCUAUCUCGAACAUCAAUACCGUAUGAAUGCCGAUGUAAUGGCUCUCUCCAACACACUCAUCUAUAAUGGUCGUCUUAAAUGCGGCAGCGAAUCAGUUGCUACUCGGAAAAUUAUCAUCCCUGCGAUGGAUGCGCUUAAAGCACAUCAUCAUACUCCCAGCAGCAUUUUACAUAGUACUCAGAAAUCCAUCUGUCUAGAACCCAAAAAAGGGAGAUGUUGGUUGAGAGAUUUAUUAGAUCCAGAUGUUACCGUCGCAUUCGUGGACACAGAUGGACUUGGGGAAAUAGCCAGAGAAAGCGAAAAAGGAAAUCGAACAGUCAAUGAUUUAGAAGCUAAAAUCGUCACUCAACUUGUCACCUCUCUCAUAUCCGUCGGUAUCGAUCCUACAGAAAUAGGAGUAAUGACGCAUUACCGCUCCCAACUAGCUUUACUAAAAGAUAGUCUCCGCACAGCCAAAGGCGUAGAAAUGCACACGGCGGAUCGCUUCCAAGGAAGAGAUAAGGAGGUUAUUGUGUUAAGUUUAGUACGUAGUAACGAAGCGGGAAAUAUAGGUGAAUUACUUAAAGAUUGGAGAAGAAUAAAUGUAGCGUUUACGAGGGCGAAAACAAAGUUAUUAGUGGUAGGUAGUAGGAGCACUUUGAAAGGAAAUUCGGAGAGGAGAGAAACUCAGGGUGAGAAGAAGGAAGAGAUGGUUUGUAGGUUUGUGAAGUUGAUGGAGGAGAGGAAGUUUAUAGGUUGAGGAGGAACAUGGGGUCAAUUGGGAGGUGGAAGUUGAUGUGGGAGUGGAGUGGUUGGAUGAUGGAAUGAAUGGAUUGGAGGGAAGGAAUGGAAAAGAAGGAAUGAGGAAGAGUGGUGGUAUGAAGGGAAAACAUCAACCGAAGAUAAUUAGAGGCGGUUUGGUGAUGGGUGUCGGGAAUGGGAAAGGGAAUGGAAAUGGAAAUGUGAAAACAGGGAGUAUUUUGAUGGAUUUGGUUAAUGAUGCGUUGUGAUAUGAUUCUUUGGUUGGUUGGUUGGAUUAGCAUCUGGAUGGUUUUUGUAGGAUUAUUAGGAUUAGGAUUAGGAUUAUUAUGUUUUGAUAUUAUGGUGUUUUGGCU